UUUGGAACUUUGGAAGUGUAUGAUGAUGUUGAGAGUGUGCAAGAGAUUACAACAUUUUAUCUGAUAUUCUCGUUAUGCAGUAAUAGUCAGUUACACUGUUAACAGACCUAUGCUCUAUUGAAGGCUAAGAGACAUCUUUUGCUUCUCUUAUAACUUUCCCCCGCUCUACAUUCUCAGCGCUGCGACGAUUUUGAUAAACCCUAACUCCUCAAUCGCCUUUCGUCCAAUUCUGGGUGGCGAUGGAGGCGAUUCCUCCAUCCAACGAAGUUGACAACAUGGAGGAAGACGUUGACGACGAAGCUUCUUCUGAUGGAGAUUCAGUCGACUCUGAGUUUCAAGCCGAGGAGGAGAAGGAGAAGGAGCUCCUUCCCCUGAUCCAGUUCCUGCCCCUGCCAAAUCCUGUCCCUGUCCCUGUUGAUGACCCUGCUCCUGCACCUGUGCCUGUGCUGCCAAAGGGCACUAAAAGAAAAGCCUCCAGAGAGAAAGGCAAGCUGUUGUGGGAGAUCUGGGAACAAGAAGAUCAGAAAUUGGUUGAUGAACAUAAGACAGAGGAUGGAGAUUUGGAUCAUCUGAAUAAUGUGAUCACUGUAACUGCCGAGCCGCCUCCUGAUUUGAUCAUGCCACUGUUAAGGUACCAAAAGGAGUUUUUAGCGUGGGCGAUAAAACAGGAACAGUCAGUUGUUGCAGGAGGCAUUCUCGCAGAUGAGAUGGGGAUGGGGAAAACCAUACAAGCCAUCUCUCUUGUUCUUGCCAGACGUGAAGCUGCCAGGGCUCUGUUUAGAGAAGCAGUGGGGUGCACCCUUGUAAUUUGUCCGCUUGCUGCUCUUUCUCACUGGUCAGAUGAGAUUGAGCGGUAUACAUCCCCCGGUAGCACCAAGGUCCUUGUAUACCAUGGGCCUAAGAGAGACAAGAAUGCUGAAGAGUUCAAGAAGUACGACUUUGUAUUGACAACUUAUCCUACCGUUGAGAGUGAAUACAGGGGAUGCAUCGUGUCGCUCAAGGAGCAGUGUGAAUAUUGCAACAAGUGGUUUUAUCCUGCGAAGCUUGUUAACCACAAAAGUUAUUAUUGUGGGCCUUCGGCUGUGGAAACGAGUAAACAAUCUAAGCAAAAGAAGAAGAAGAUCCCUGACGCAGGGAAGAAGUCUAUUUUGCACUCUAUUAAGUGGAAUCGGAUCAUCUUGGAUGAGGCUCAUAUCAUCAAAGAAAGACAUAGGAACACUGCGAAAGCUGUUUUUGCUUUGAAGGCUUUCUAUAGAUGGGCUUUGAGCGGUACACCUCUCCAGAGUAAUGUUGGAGAUCUUUACUCCCUGAUUCGCUUCCUGCAGAUUCGUCCAUACUCGUAUUACUUUUGCAAGGACUGUGACUGUAGAAUUCUUGAUUACACUUCGCAUGUAAGCUGUAGCAACUGCACUCAUAAUGCAGUCCGACAUUUCUGUUGGUGGAACAAAAAUGUGGCCAAAAUUUACGGAAACGUGGAGCGGGAAAAGCGAGCCAUGAUAUUACUUAAGCACAGAGUUCUGAAAGACAUCUUCCUAAGACGUACUAAAUUGGGCCGUACAGCUGAUCUUUCCCUUCCUCCUAGAGUCAUCACUCUGAGGCGGGAUGCACUAGAUAUAAAAGAGUCUGAUUACUAUGAAUCACUAUACAAAGACAUUAAAGCGCAAUUUAAUACGUACGUUGAGGCUGGGACAUUAAUGAAAAACUAUACAAAUGUAUUUGUUCUUCUCAUUCGUCUGAGACAGGCUGCUGAUCAUCCAUACCUUGUGGUGUAUUCACAAUCUCGUGGUGCUGAUGCUAACUUGAAUGAUGAGCACAAAAUGGAGCACGAAUGCGGUCUCUGCCACCAACCGGCUGAGGACAACGUUGUGACUUCUUGUGGACAUGAGUUCUGUAAAGCUUGUUUGAUUGAUUUCUCUGCAUCCCUGGGAAGCUUCAGCUGCCCGACAUGCUUGGAACUACCGACUAUGGAUUGGACUACCGACGCUGACACAGAGCAACAGGCGGAAAGCAAGACAACGCCAAAAGGAUUUAGAGCCUCAAGCAUCUUAAAUCUGAUAAAGCUCGAUGAUUUUCAGACAAGUACAAAGAUAGAGGCUUUGAGGGAAGAAAUCAGAUUCAUGGUUGAAAGAGAUGGGUCUGCCAAAGCAAUAGUUUUCAGCCAGUUCAUAUCCUUUUUGGAUCUGAUAAACUACGCCCUUGGGAAGUGUGGGGUUAGUUGCGUCCAACUAGUGGGAACAAUGUCCAAGGCAGCUAGAGAUAUUGCCAUCAAUAAAUUCAGAGAAGAUCCAGAUUGCAAAAUUUUCUUGAUGAGUUUGCAAGCGGGAGGGGUUGCUCUCAACUUAACAGUCGCUUCACAUGUGUUCAUGAUGGAUCCGUGCUGGAACCCAGCGGUUGAGAGGCAAGCACAGGACAGGAUACAUAGGAUCGGACAGUACAAGCCAAUCAGGAUUGUGAAAUUCAUAAUAGAGAACACAGUGGAGGAAAGGAUUCUGAAGCUUCAAAAGGACAAGGAACUUUUGUUUGAUGGUUCUCAGGGGGGCAUAGGAACUUGGACAGCAGAAGAUAUUAGGUUUCUGUUUACCACCUAACUGAAUCUAUCAGAAUACAAACGUUUUUGUAUAUGUAUGAUCAUAAGACAUUUGAUGAUGACGCACUCAUCUAUGAGUUGAUAACUCUCUUGCAAGAGAUUACAACAUUUCUCUGAUGAAAUCAAGGUUAAGUGUGUC